AUGUGCAAUAUAGGGGAUAGAAACAUAUUCGAAAAAACUGACGUCCACGAAUAUUCGGACGAAAUCCAAAAUAAUAACAAUAUUGAGUACAAAACGGGCCCUAAAUCGCCAGAAACAUUAUCUGAAACUCAAAUAAUAAAAAGUUUCGAUGAUUUAAAAAUUACGGAAUGGCCGGGAGAAAUCGAUGUGCAGCAAUACGAAAACAUUAGCUCAAACCCUAAAGAUAAGGAUAAACGUAAGGGAAAAGAUAAAGUUAAAAGAAAGAAGGAAACUAAUGUAAAACAAGAAGUUAAACUAAGGACAGUACAUGACCCAAUCUGCGUCCAUCAUAUUCCACUAGAACCUGACGAGUUAGACCCUAUCCAAACCUUUGCUCCAAUUCUACGGCGAAAAAAGAAAAAGGACGGAAUCUGUACUCCUGAUUCGUUAAUAAUCGAUAAAAACACCAAAACUAGUGGUUACGACUCCGAUGAAACCAAUAACGAAUAUGUAGCUUGUGGUCGCCAAGGUAUGUGCAAAUGUCGGAGGAUGCAAGGCAGGCAGUACUACGAUGAUUACAUACAUAUGAAAGGACGAGAUUAUCUAAAGUUGUAUUGCCAUGGCAAGCGUGAAUUUCCUCGUGGAACAGUGUUACAUUUCACUGGAGCUCCAGAUAACUUGAGAAGAGAGGAUCUAUAUCAGGCACUGAAAGAAUUAGAUGCAACAAUAAAUUUUUUGGAUUAUCAACGAGGCAGCACUGAGGGAUGGAUUCGUCUCAGUUAUCCUUAUGAAGCCAGAGUUGUAAUCAAGAAAAUGGAGGACAGAAGACUUCUUAAAGUUGGUAACGCAGAAUUAAUAUUCAAUGUUAUAUCCGGAAAAGAAGAAAAAAAGUAUUUAAAAAAAGUAUCGGAGGCAAUUUAUAUGCUUCAAGAAUUGGCCAAGGAUAGAAGAAUGAAGAACAGUGGUUUUAAAUACGCAUAA